AUGGCCGCCACUCGGACACUCAAGGUCGAUGUGACCUCCGACUUCCUGUGCCCAUUCUGCCUGCUAGGCGUGCGGCAACUCGAGCUCGCCAUUGAAAAAUACCGCGAGCGAGAGCCAGAACCGUUCAACGUCGAGAUCUGCAUGCGCCCGUUCCAGUUGAACGGGCUCAUCUCCGAGGUGCCGAUGCAGCGCUGCGAGUACGGCGAGAAGAAGUUUGGCGCAGAACGCUGGCAGUGCGUGUGCGACUCGCUCACAGCAAAGUUCAAGUCUGUCGGCGUCGACUACAAAACCGACGGCUACAUGUCACAGAGCCACCUCGCGCACCGCCUAACCGAGUACGCAGGGAAGAUUAAGCCCGCCUCUCAGCUCGGCGUCGCCAUGGACGUCUUCAACCUCUAUCACGUCAAGGGCGUGCAUCUCAGUGACCGCGACGGGCUCGCGGAGAUCGGAGUUAAACACGGCCUUUUCUCGGACAAGGACGAGGGCCUCACAUGGUUCGACGGCACGACCUGCGAUCAAGAGGUUAAGAAGCAGUACCAGACGGCGCAGCGCAUGGGCAUCACGGGUGUGCCUUUCUUCGUGUUCCAGGACAAGUACGCGGCCUCUGGCGCCAUGGGCGUCGACGAGUUUGUUGAUAUCCUCUCCGACAUCAACAAGCGUGAAAAGGGCAUCAAGCCGAGCCAACCCACCUUCCAGACUGGUGAGCAGUGCCUAAUCCAGACGGGUGGAGGACACGCGCCGCCGACUCCGACCUCGAAACCGGGCGCAUGUCAGGCGCCCGCGUGCCAAGUGGGCGAGCAGUGCCCCAUCCAGUCGGGUGGCGGGCACUUACCGCCUACCCCACAGCCCGCGGCCGCGACUGCAGCGAGCUAG